UUUUUUUUUUUUUUUUUUUUUUUCACUGCCCUUUUCAAUUCUUAAAAAUGCCAAUCAAAACUUCUUCGCUCAAUAUUAAAGCUUUCCCAUUGGAAGUUAUUAACAAAGAACAAAAUGAAAAAACAUCGCAAAUCUUAUCCCCAUCAUCAAUUUUACCUACAACAGCUCUUUUCAUGUUACAUAUCACGACAGAAGCUGCUUUAAAAUUGUCAUACAAGAUUAAUGUGAAGCAAUCAAAUAAUCUUAUGCAAAAAUCCGCAUUAUUUUAUGAUUUAUCAACUCAGUAUACUGAUUAUGCUUCUCAAUCUUCUUUUAAUUUAACUAAUACUUCCAGUGAUUUUAUUAAUGAUUCUUCGUUAAAGGAAUUGACGCAAGAAGCUGAUGGUUUACCAAUUUUAUGUAUUGAAUUACCAAAUAUUUCUAUUGAAAUAAUUGAUAGUUUAUUACAAUGGUUAUUUAAUAAUGAUGAAGUCAAAUUUGAUGAUAUUUUAACUUCUACUUUGGCUUCAAAUAUAAAAUCUACUUUGGAUUUUUUUGGUUUGCUAAAUUUUGCUACUUUGUUAAAUUUAAAUGAACCUUAUUGUAGUAUAAUUGAUGAGAUUUUGGUUUGGUAUUAUUUUGGUUUAUCUGUUCAAGAAAGAAAUCAAAAAAUUAUAAAGAAUGAAUCUUUUAUUAAUGGAAAUAUUCCUGCUAGAUUCGUUAAAAGAUUAGCCGAAUCUGUUGAUGAAGUUGAAGAAAAACAAAUUUUAUCGAAUUUUUUUAGAUCUUCUGAUGAAAUUUCAAAAGAUAAUGAAUGGGAAACUUUAUCUCUUACAACUGGUGAUAUUGGUUCUAACUUGUCCGAAAAUUCAAAAUCUGAUAUUUUAGAAUGGUUAAAUUCUUCAAGUGUUAUAACCCCAACUCCUCGUCGUGUUACUUUCUCUUUACCAAAUUCUCCUUCUCCUCUUGAUACUGCUGAACCUCCUACUCCAUUAGGUUCUGCUUAUUUUUGUAUUUCUCCUCCACCAAAUACUCCUUCUUCUCCAGCUUUUAAACGUAUCAUUCCCCGUUCUCUUCCUCGUACUCCAAAAACUACUACUUUUACAAAAUCCAUUAUUUUACCACCUUCUAUUAUUUCGUCUAUUAAUGAGAAAGAUUUUUUGGAAAGAGAUGAUAUUUUAGAGGAUGUUCCAUUAACUGCCGGAUUAACUGUUCCUCCAAAUACUCCAAAUUUACUAUUAAAUAAUUCAUAUAUAUCGGCUGUUAAUUCUAAAAUGAUUUCAAAAUCACCAAAUACUCUUGUACCUCCAAAUACACCAAUUUCACCUGAAAACAUUAUGGUCCCUCCAAAUACUCCAAAUUCCAGUAUUUCAUCUGUAUUUUAUUCACCUUUGGCUCCUCCAAAUACACCAAAUACACCAUUUUCUCCAAUUUCUUCAUCUUCCUAUCAUUCGGCUAUUACUAUUAAUGGUUUAUUAUCUCCAACAUCACCACCUUCUCCAAUUACUGUACCUCCAAAUACUCCAACUUCUCCAUUUAUAUUUCAAUCAAUAAUUAAUAAUAUUAAUAAUAAUAAUAAUAGUAAUGAUAAUAUUAUGAUGAAUAUUGGUUCUUCAUUUAAUAUUAAUAGUAACAACCGUAAAUUUCCUAGAAAGAAUUCUCGUGAUAGGAAUGUUACUAUUGAUUCCGUAUUAGCUAAUUCAUUAAAUAAUUUAUAUUAAAAAAUAUUUAAUGAAUGAUGACUAAAAAAAUAAUUAUAUAUACUGUUUUGUGUGUAUAUAUAUAUAAAUAGUUUUUUUUUAAAAAUAGAUUGUAUAGUUCUUUUUAAGUAUUCCUUUUAUGUGUGAUUUUUUAUUAAUAAAAUAUAUAUAUAUAUAUAUAUAUAUAU